AUGGUCUCCGGCGGCGCAGACCCCUCGAUUCACUUCUGGGACCUGGAAUCCAGAGGCUCAGAACUAGGCCAUGUCCACAGAUCCAUCGCCUCGGUCACAAAAUCGUCGCAUAAAGAUGCCCAUACGCACGCCAUCACCUCUGUAUCAAUAUACCCUUUCGACCCAGUCCCUUCGACCAUACUGACAGCCUCGCGUGAUGGGACUCUCAAACUCUCAGCCCUGGAACCCGGCGCCAUCACCCCAGUCCAUACAUUCAAACUCGACUGCACACCAUAUGCCCACUCGAUGUCCUCACACCCCGCUUCACCUCUCCUCAUCGCCGUCGGCACGUCCGAGAGCCCAGUGCGACUACUCGACCUCCGCUCGGGGUUAUCAACCCACGGACUACCCGGACAUUCCUCGUCGGUGCUCUCGGUUUCCUGGGCCCCUCACAGACCCCAUAUCCUGGCAUCCGCAUCGGCCGACCACAGAGUGAUUCUAUUCGAUAUCCGUCGCGGGGGCCACAACUCCGCCAUUGCCGCCCUGGACAUGGACGACGCCGUGGGCUUACUACCAGCACGCAGCGCACCACCCAACUACCAAAGCCGGCCCGCAUUCUCCCCCCACGCACGGGCGCACAACGGCGCCGUGACCGGCGUACGGUGGACCUCCAACGGCUCACACCUGGUAACGACCGGUCAAGACGCGCGGAUCCGCGUGUGGGACGCCUCCACGGGCGCAAACACCCUCGCCCACUUCGGUCCCCGGGUCCGCAACGCCGCGACCUCCCACCUCGCCGAACGGGCACCACUGGUCCUCCCCAAAGGCGUCAUGGGUCCUGGGCAGGAGACGCUGCUGUGGCCUAAUUUCAGCGAGAACGACGACCGCGGGGAGAUCUUUAUGUUCGAGCUGCGGGAAGGGACUUUCAUCAAGCGUCUCAAGGUCCCAGGUCUCAUGGGCGGGCAGCAGCAAUUCCGGGGCCGGUCUAGUGCGCUCAGUGCCGCGAGGAUCAAUUCCCUCGUUUGGCGUGGCAAUGGCGCCUCGGGAGAGGGAGUGGAGAUGUUCUCUGCGCAUGGGGACGGGACGAUCCGUACCUGGGUGUCGAGGGAACCAGAGGGGGAGCCGGACGAGGCUGAGGAAGCGGAGCAAGCGGAUCGGAAACGCAAACGGGAUGUUUUGGAUGAGAUCUACAGAGGGUUUAUCGGACAAGCCUAG